AUGUGUAAUCAUCUCCAUUCCAGAAUGUCAGUGUUCCUCUAUCUGUUUCUCUUGGACUACAAGGCUACAAUCCAUUGUACACAAUAUAACAUCUCUGAAGGCAAAGUUACAAUCUGCCAUUUGUCCCAACAAAAUGCCACUCUCUAUAAGAUGUCAUCUAUCAAUGCUGACUUUGCAUUCAGUCGAUAUUGUAGGUUCCCUGUGGAGAACCCAGACUGGAACAUCAUCUUUUCCCCUGGGAGCACAUAAGCUGCUUUAGCCAUGCUUUCUUUUGCAUCUGUCUCUAACACUCAAACUCAGAUUCUGGAGGUCUUGGGGUUUAACCUCACAGAUACUCCAAUAACGGAAUUACAUCAGGGCUUCCAACAUUUGAUCUGUUCUUUGAAUUUCCCAAAGAAUGAACUGGAAUUUCAGAUGGGAAAUGCAGUUUUCAUUGGGCAGCAGCUGAAACCACUGGCAAGGGUUUUGGAUGAUGUCAAGACCCUUUAUGAAACUGAAGUCUUUCCUACCGACUUCUCCAAUGUUUCUGCAGUCCAGCAGGAGAUCAACAGUUAUGUGAAGAAGCAAACCAAAGGGAAAAUUAUAGACCUAAUUCAAGACCUUAGACUGAACAUUAUCAUGAUUCUGGUGAACUAUAUUCAUUUCAAACGUAAGUAGGCAAAUCCUUUCCAUGUAUCUAAAACAGAAGAGAGUUCCAGCUUCUCAGUAGACAAGACCACCACAGUACAAGUGCCCCCCCCCAUGAUGCACCACCUAGAACAAUACUAUCAUUUUCUGGAUGUAAAGCUGAAUUGCACAGUACUCCAAAUGGACUAUAGUGAAAAUGCCCUGGCACUUUCUGUCCUUCCAAAGGAGGGAUACGUAGAGUGGGUGGAGGCAGCCUUGUCAUCUAAGACAUUGAAGAAGUGGAACUACUUACGGCAGAAAGGAUGGGUUGAGUUGUUUGUUCCAAAGUUUUCCAUUUCUGUCACAUAUGACCUUGGAAGUACACUUCAGAAGAUGGGCAUGAGGGAUGCCCUUGCUGAAAGUGCCGACUUUGCUGGAAUUAUGAGAGACAACGGUCUAAAACAUUCCUGUGCUUUUCACAACGCUGGGCUGCAUAUUGGAGAACAGAGAACCAAAGAAGUAGCUGCUCCUGAAGCUGUGUCUCUGGAACAGCCAGAAGUAGCUUCUCUUCAUCCCAUUAUCCAAUUUGACAGAACAUUCUUAUUGAUGGUUUUGGAGAAAAGGACCAGAAGCAUUCUCUUUUUAGGGAAAGUCAUUAACCCAGCUAAUGAGUAA